UUCUACACGGGCUCGAUAAAGUGGCGUACCGAGAGCGCAUCGAAAUAUCGAGAACGCAGAACAACAACAAGAACGACAGCACAGUUUCUGCGGUUUUUUUUUUCUUUUGCUCUCCUCUUCGAUAUUAUCUUGUUAAACAGCUGUAGUUAUAGGCGUAUAAGAACAUUUACCAUACCGCAUACGCGCCAGAAAUUGGCGUGAAAACGUUUUGUUCGAAAGAAAUCCUCACAACAACAAUUAUUGAAUCAUGUCGUCCCCUCUGGAAAUGACGGAGCUGUAUGACAACGCGUUGCUCGGCAUUUUACAACAUGUUGGAAACAUACAGAGUUUUCUCCAAGUUUAUUUUGGCUUUCUGUACAGAAAGACUGAUUUCUACCGUCUGCUUUCCAGCCCCAACGACCGUAUGGGUUUCCCCCCGGGGGUGGCCGAGAAGAUGGUUCUCAGGACUUUCAAGGUAUUUGAGCACAUGGCAGCACAGGACAGAGUACGGGAAGCAGAGCAGAGAGAACAGGAGACAGCCCCCCCUGCCAUCCAGGAGUUGGAGGUAGAGUCUGCAAAACAAGAAGGAGAAGCAGUUCAGGAAGAGGAGGUGCAGGUGGCACCCACAAACCCUGUGACAGAGCAGCCCCAGCCUUCAAACCCACAGCCAGCCCACAGCGAUGCUGCUCCAGCUUCAGAGCAAAGUGCAGCGGAACAGGGCCCAGAGCCAGCAGAUGGUGCAUCGAGCCAGAUGCAGUUCCAAGCAAACCCAGACAGCUACAACGGUGCUGUCAGAGACAACUACACCUGGUCUCAGGAUUACACCGAUGUGGAAGUGCGUGUCCACGUGCCUGCCAGCAUUGUAAAGGGCAAGCAGGUCUCUGUAAGCUUGCAGGGCAACAGUGUGCGUGUGGCUGUGAAGGAAGGACUGGGAGAAAGAGUGCUCAUCGAGGGUGAGCUCACACACAAGAUCAACACUGAGAACUCCCUCUGGAGCUUGGAGCCAGGCCACUGUGUGCUGCUAUCCUUGAACAAGAGCGGAGAGGUGUGGUGGAGUGCUGUGCUGAAGGGUGAGACAGAAAUUGACGUGAAUCAGAUUAACCGGGAGCGUUCUAUGGCAACCGUUGAUGAAGAGGAGCACGCAGUCCUCGACCGACUCACCUUCGACUACCACCAGAAGCUGCAAGGCCUUCCACAAAGCCAUGAGAUGAAGGUGCAUGAGAUGCUGAAGAAGGGCUGGGAUGCUGAGGGAUCCCCCUUCAAAGGGCAAAAGUUUGACCCCACCAUGUUUGACAUCCCACCCAGUGCUGUGCAGUUUUGACUGAGAUUCACAGGGGGUCCUUCUGAAAAGAAUCUGCUGCGGCGUGCACAGUAAAAGGAUAACUGAACAAAAACACACACACGUUUAAACUGGGUGCACAACCUCACUACUGUAGUCCACCAUUAUAAAUGACUGUGGAUAAAUUCACACCUGCCAAAAGCAGGACUGAUAUUGUGGGAAAAGGACUGAGUUUGGGACAUUUUCCUGUAUUAUUUGUGGCUAAUAACCUCUAAAUGACCAUAAAUGUAGGGAUAUGAUGGCAGAUUGCUGAAUGUUGUUUAGAGGAUUUUCAUGGAGUAAAAUUAAUUUCCUUUGAAUAUUCUGUGUAAGGUGAUUUUAGUAUGUUUCUACAAAUGAACUUUUGUCCCUCAGCCAGAAUUGUGAAAAUUGACAGGAAUCCUUUUCCUCUAUUUAGUCCAAGACUCGGUGCUUGCGGUGCACUAAACAUCAUUUUAUGCAAUAUUAAAUUCUUAAACAUAAGGUGGACUUGAGGGGGGGGGGGGCUCAAGCUUUUGGGUAGGUUCUGGGUGCCCUUGACCUGCCAUCCUCUUCUAAAGAUGAGUGUCUAUGAUUGGGAGAUUGUUACCUGGAGAGUGACUGCAGUUCUUGUAAUGAUGUCUCCCACUGCAGCCUCCAGCUUUAACUGCAUUUCUUUUUGUUUCACAGGUUUUCAGUAGUUGAAUAAAUUAGUAGUGUUGUAUUUA